UUAAAAAAAAUAUCAUGUACAAUUUAUUAAAUUACGUUAGCUAUGUUAUCAUUUUGUUAAUUAUACCGCAAAUUAUAUUGUCGUGUGAUGUGGAUCACCAUAAACUAGAAGUAUGUGUAGAAGAGUCCGUAUUUAUCGGUAAUCCCAAUGCCAUAGUGCCGGCCAAUGAUGCAGAAAUGGAGCAGCAUUGCAGUAUGGUUAAGGGCGGCAUUAAGUGUGCGGGUGAUUACGCCGAUACAUGUCUGAAUGGUUUGGCGCAAUCGGUUACCCGGAUAAUUGUCAAAAAUUUUGAUAGCCAUAUGCAUAAACGAUGCAAUCAACCGAAAGAUAGGGCAGACUUUAUCGAUAAUGUCAAAUGUUUUCUACCAAAAGAAAAGAUGAAACCAUUGUAUGUCUGUUACGAUAAAUAUAUUAAAUCAAUGGAUAUUGCCGUACAUAUGCCCAAAACAGACGCAUUUAUGCCAUUGGUUUGCUGUGGCUUUCAUUUGUUCAAACAAUGUGUUUUGACUGAAACCAAAAAGAUCUGCAGUGAUGCUCACGCAGAGUAUUGGGACGACGUUUAUGACGAAAUUUCGGCAGAGGCUAUUACCUAUGCGUGCAAUCAAUUUGAGACGGUAGACGAAUGUAGCAAAAAUUUGGACCCUAAAUACUGGACCCAAUUGUCGACUAUAGACAAGGCAACUGAUCCGGCCGUCUGGGAUCAUGGUCGCACCACUUUUAUUAAGUAUGUCCUCGAUCUAAUCCAAUCGUUUCAUAUGGAUAGUUCAUAA